CAUUAGAAUUGCGUAUAUGUGACAUUUGACAGUUGUCGGUGAAAAAAACCUCCACGCGUGCUCUCAUGAAUUUUUUGUAGUUUUUAGCGUGAUUUUGCAGAAAUUCAUGAAUAUUUUAUAAGUAAAAUCGUGAAGAAAUGGACGAUUUAUAUAGCAUCUGCAAUGCCACAUUCAGGGGCUGCGUGGACAGCAUCAAGGGAAUCGCAGUGGUUUUCUACCUGGACAGGGAGAUGAACAAGAAAUCUCGAUCUUCUCGGUCCAAAUCUACAUCGAAUGAGCGACUGAACCUCACAGGAACACCCUCGACGGUGCGAAAGUCUGGGAUCAGCAAGGAAGCAACGAAACGCGAAGAAGAAUCGAUGGUGUGGAAGCGUGUCCUGCAGUGCAGUGCCUUAAAUGGGGGCGUCUUCUGGGCGAGUAUCGCCAUCUUCGAGUGCGUCAUCCUGCCUGCACUCAAGGUUUUGCUGACGUUCAUGCUGUCCAACGAUGGAUUCGGAAUGAAUGUGUGGAGCUGGAUGCAGCCCUUCUUGUCGCUCAUCUUCAGAAUGAUCUGGGUGCUGCCGCUGUUUGCCCUCAGCAAGAUCGUCAAUAGCCUGUGGUUCCAGGACAUCGCCGACUCGGCGUUUAAAUUUCGCAAAGGACGGCCUCAGUUGAUACCCAGCAUCAGCAAACUCAUCGCCGACACACUGUUCAGUCUCAUCGUUCAGGGCCUGUUCCUCGUGCAGAGCAUGCUCGUGAGCCUCUUACCUGUGAGCUACGUCGGCACGCUGCUCUGCUUUGUGCACAUGUGCUUGCUGUACUCGCUGUACUCCUUUGAGUACAAGUGGUUCAACAUGGGCUGGGAGCUUCACAAGCGCCUCACGUACAUCGAGUACAACUGGCCCUACUUCGUGGGCUUCGGAAUGCCUCUGGCCAUCGUCACGCAGCUGCCCAACUCCUACAUCGUCAGCGGAUGUGUCUUCUCCAUCCUCUUUCCCUUGUUCAUCCUCAGCGGCAACGAAGCCACACCACUGUCAACGACCAAACAAUAUCCUCUGAAACUCUUCUCGCCUGUUGUCGCCAUCUCGAACACGCUCUUCAGUCGCACAAUGCCCGUCCACCGGGCGGCCGGAGCAACGCCAACUCACCCAAACACCGCCCAGCCGUCGAAGAUGAAGCUGAAGUAGGCAAUUGUGUCUAGGAAUCGCGAUAAAGUCUGUGAUUUUAUCAGAUGGAAGGCGCGCGCGCGACAUGCUUAAUGACAUGACCAGAGAAUUUAACUCUAAAAACCUACAGUGAUACUGUUGGUUUCCGGGAGGGGAACUUAAUAAAGGACUGACUGAA